UUGAGGAUGUUCUGUAUUGGAUUCACCAAGAGGCGAGAGAAACAGGUCAAGAGAACCUGUAAUGCUCAAUCUAGCCAGAUCCGACAGAUUCGUCGCAAGAUGGUUGAAGUCAUGGUAAACCAGGCCUCCUCGUGUGAUCUUAAAGAGUUGGUGGAAAAAUUCAUUCCUGAAAUGAUUGCAAAGGAGAUUGAGAAGGCUACAUCAAGUAUUUAUCUAUUGCAGAAUGUGUUUAUUAGGAAGGUCAAGAUCUUGAAAGCUCUAAAGUUUGAUCUUGGAAAGUUGAUGGAGGUUCACGGUGACUACUCUGAGGAUGUUGGUGUGAAGGUGGAUAGGCCUGCUGAGGAAACAGUACUAGAGGCUGAAACUGAAGUUGUUGGAGCUUAG